UGCUAUAGCAUCCGCUCACUGAUCACGUACCAUGGCGUCGACCAAGACACGGCCCAUCGAGAAGUUUGCAAAGGCCGCCUCCAAGUGCUCGGCAGAGGCGGCCGCGUACGGCAAAUGCGUGGUGGCUGAUUACAAUGCCGUGCAGAAAGACAUGUGCGCUAAGGAGUUCAUGAAGCUCAAGGACUGCUUCUUGGCAGCCUCCAAGAAACCUUAAUGGUGGUGGGGUUGCAGAAGAGCUACGUGGAUUAGGCGCACUGGGGUUGGCGUUCGCCCGGACGGCGGUGUCCAUAGGAAGAAAAACUUAUCAUUUGUAGAAAUCAUCAUAGACAUCAUAAACAUGUGUAAUUUUAUUCAGCAAACUAGCAAAA